GUUGCUACAGACAUACGCGAAACAAUAACAAUUGGUGUUACUUUCACUAACCCUCUGAGAGAGUGACUGUUACAUGUUCCGUCCAUCAAGCUUUUAAGGAAAUUGGGAAAGGCAUAUAACGUGCUCUGUGCACGUCAGGUUUGACACGAUUUGAAACCCUUUAAAGUUGAAUCUACUUUUUUUUCUACAGUAGCUGUGCAGGAGUGGCAAGAGCCUAAAGCAGCUAUUCAUAUCAGAUUUCAACCAAACCAGCUGGGAGAGAGAGAGCGGAGAGAGCGAGUGUCUGUCAUUAUCUUUCCCUUUCCGAUCCAGGAAAGCUUAGGGAGAGAGAAAAUAGAGGGAGAGAGAGAGGGUGAGAGAGGAGGAGAGAGAGGGAUCCAAAGGAAUUUCUAAGGAUAUUUCUUCUGUUGCCGUGAAAAAAAAGUGUUGGUCAGUUGGGGGCGAGGCGAAGAGCGCGGUCAAGGAUGGACGAGCAGCCUCGGUUGAUGCACUCCCACGGCGUGGGAAUGGCCCGACACCCCGGCAUGGCGCAAAAUAUGCAGGAUGGCACAGGAGGGACGGACGGAGAUGGAAGAAAGCAGGACAUUGGAGACAUAUUACAGCAAAUAAUGACAAUCACAGACCAAAGCCUGGACGAAGCGCAGGCCAGGAAACAUGCACUGAACUGUCACAGGAUGAAACCGGCUCUCUUCAACGUCUUGUGUGAUAUAAAAGAGAAAACAGUGCUCAGUAUCCGUGGCACCCAGGAGGACGAUGCUCCAGAUGCCCAGCUCAUGCGAUUGGACAACAUGCUGCUGGCGGAGGGCGUGUCCGGACCAGAGAAAGGGGGCGGGUCUGCAGCAGCAGCAGCAGCGGCCGCAGCAGCGGGAGGAGGGGUGGGCCAGGACAACUCAACAGAACACUCAGACUACCGGGCCAAGCUGACUCAGAUCCGCGGGAUCUACCACACAGAGCUGGAGAAGUAUGAACAGGCAUGUAACGAGUUUACCACCCAUGUGAUGAACCUGCUGAGGGAGCAGAGUCGCACACGGCCCAUCUCACCCAAAGAGAUCGAGCGUAUGGUGGGCAUCAUCCACCGCAAGUUCAGCUCCAUCCAGAUGCAGCUCAAACAGAGCACCUGCGAGGCCGUCAUGAUCCUACGCUCACGCUUCCUCGACGCCAGACGAAAGAGAAGAAACUUCAACAAGCAGGCAACAGAGAUCCUAAAUGAAUAUUUCUACUCCCACCUGUCCAACCCCUACCCCAGUGAGGAGGCCAAGGAAGAGCUGGGCAAGAAGUGCUCCAUCACAGUGUCACAGGUAUCGAACUGGUUUGGAAACAAGAGGAUCCGAUACAAGAAAAACAUUGGCAAGUUCCAAGAGGAAGCCAACAUGUACGCCGCGAAGACAGCUGUCAGUGCAACCAAUGUAUCAGCCCAUGGCAGCCAGGCCAACUCCCCCUCCACCCCCAACUCUGCAGGUUCUGCUGGCUCUUUUAACAUGUCAAACUCCGGAGACUUGUUCAUGAGUGUGCAGGCUCUGAAUGGGGACUCAUACCAGGGGGCUGGGGUAGGGGCCAACGUUCAGUCCCAGGUAGGAUCCUCGCAGAAACUAGUGGAUACUCUUCGCCAUGUUAUCAGCCAGACAGGAGGAUACAGUGACAGUCUCGCCGCCAGCCAGAUGUACAGUCCACAGGGCAUCAACACAAAUGGUGGAUGGCAGGAUGCUCCGACCCCCUCGUCAGUGACCUCGCCCAUAGAAGGACCUGGAAGUGUCCACUCGGAUACCUCCAACUGAUUAUUUGACCCUCCACACACACCAUCACCACAACCCAACGAUGAACUGGCAGAGCCAAUCACAGUCCUAAACAUAGCGGCAUACUACACAGUGUCCUGUAGAUUUCAGGGGUGCUGUGAAAACCAUAACUAUAGCAACCUUUCCUCAGCUACAGUACUACGGGACAUUUGAGAUGCAUACAUACAGUAAUAGGAAUUUCAAAGCAAAAAUCUAAACGAUACAAAAAUUCUUAAUACAAAUGUUUGUACAGAUUUCACAGGAUAUUCAGAGGGCUGGAUUGCUUACUUACCUGUGAUGGGUUUACUCAUAUUGAUGAUAUUAAGUGAUAAAAUAAAUUUAGACAACCAAACCUGUAUACUUCAAUUCAAAUGCUUAAUUCUACCUCUCAGCGACUAAAAAGUAAACAAAUAUGAAAGAGCAUUAUUUGUUUUCUAAAACAUGAACUUUGUCAUUGUAAGGAAGAAGCACUUCGCCAUUCUUUGUUUUGCGGUCCCUCCUCACUGGGCACAUACUGGUUGAAUCAACAUUGUUUCCACAUCAUUUCAAGGAAAUUACGUUGAACCAAUGUGGAACCGACGUUGAACUAACAUCUGUGCCCAGUGGGUCGCCUAUUCGAUGGUACGCCAUAUAGGCUUUUAAUGUUGCUCCCCUGUUUACAGUGUGUGCUUGAUGAACUGUGUUCGCUUUACCCUCUCCCACAGGGAAAUAACCAAGAAGACUUAGAACUUGAUUUACUAAAUGUUUUUGUAUUAGUUUCUCCGUAGAGGACUUUUAGGGAAAGCAGGUCAGCCUAGUGAACUCUGAGGACCCUUCACCCUGACUAGCAGGUCUUCAAUCUGGGUGGAAGGCAUUAGAAAAGGAAAACAUGCUGGUACGAGAAUGCUCAUUGGCGAAUCUAAAGGAUUUAAUGGAAAUUGAAUAUACAUUGUAGAUGUGUGUCUUCCUGAUUUAUAAACUUCUGCCCCAUGACCCCUUUGAUAAGAACGCAGGAGAUCUGUGGGCCCACAAGCACUCAUAGGGCUCUGUUCUGAUAUCCAUACUAGCGUGCCACUUAGUCUUGCUAACACCAGGCUCUCGACGUCACAGCACGUGGGUCGCUUGUCAGCCAGGCUACGCACCACUUAGAAUGCAUGCCCAAUACAUGCUUCAUUCUAAGUAUGCUAGUGUGGAUAUUGGGAAAAAGCUACAGAGUAUGUGCUGUUGAUUGUCUGAGGGCCUGAGGAAAGCCUUCCUUUUUAACAACCACCUCAUUGAGUAUCAGUGUCUCAUCAGAGGUAAACGUGUGAAGUUACAGUUAUGUCAUGUGUAAAAGGAGAAAAAAAGGAAAUAAACACCUGUCAUCAACAACCCAGACGAGUUUGAAUCACAUCAUUCAUUCCAGUGAGAAUAAACUAAACAAAAGAACACAUCGUCUCAAUCUGAAAGUCAUUUGGAAUCACUUCCUGUGUCUGAUUGUUUUGGAGCCUAUGGGGGCCAAUAAGAGCAGACAUUUCCUCGUUCGCUGUCUCACUUCAAAUUCAUUCGGUUUUUUAGUCGCCAAAUGCUACUGUUAACCAAAACUCUUAUAUUUGUUGAUCUAUUGGUUUUUUUAGAGGUCGUAACCCAUCUAGCUACAUUCACUCAUAUACUUAUAUAUUAGAUUUCUCACUUUACCUUUUGCCAACUGUCCCAAUUCUGGUGCAGCAAUCCUAACUGAGGGAAAAUGAAAUCGAUAACCAUCUGAACAAUGCUGCCUAAUCGAAAAGCCAUUGUAGAAGAAAACCUUUCUGGAGAAAAUCUCUGUCAAUGAUCUGUGUAGUAAACAGUUUGUUUUUGAGUACAUGGAAUCAGAUUGUAGUUAAACAGGGAAGUCGUUACGUUAAUAUGGUUCAGUUACUCCUAGCUCCGCUGAUGCAGGUAACACCAGGACUGAACUUACAGUAGCCGUGAUGCGCAGGUCAUGAGAUGCUUUUUUACCCCGUGACAUAGCUCAGAAGAUACAUUGUUUUCCUGUGAUUCAGUGUUCAUUGUUCAGCCACUGUUCCAAGGCACUCUCCUGCAAUGGAACUAUAUUGUUCUUUAUACCCAGAGUUGAUUUCUGUUUCUCUUCUUUUUUUUUGCCAUUUGAAUUUCUAUUACAAAAUGUUACAGUAUAUGGCAGCAUUCUUUCUUUCGCCGUAUCAAGAAUGUCACCUGUGUCCUUGCUGUUCCCUUCUUAAAUUGACUUCUAUCAGUCCUCAGAAUUCAUGAGCAUUUUGAAUGUUGUGCCAAAAGGUCUGUAAUGUCCAUAGCAAAACUAGAGAUGUGAAAAUUCCUUCAGACAAACAAAGAUGUUUGGACAUUUGAUAUACUUGUCCUUAUGUUGUGUGGACUAUAGUUAUUCUUUAGUAUUUGGUUAUUUACUUUUUAUAGUGUGCUAUUGUAUUUCAUGGUUCCCAUUUUAUUGUCAAUUAGCUCUCUCCUGAUGUGAUUCUGUGAACAUUGCCACAUUGUACUUGACUUUCUUUGUGGAACCAUCAUUUCUACAGUUUCAACAUUAAACUUAUUAUACUACUAUAUAAUACAUCAAGACAAAACAAUGGCAUUUUAUUAUUGAAUAUUUGUGCGAGAAAACAAGAAUAAUAUACUGAUAUUUGCCAGUUUUGCAAAAUGUUAUAGUUUUUUUUUAAUGUGAUAUGGAUUUUAAUGCACCAAUUGUAAAUUCAGCUUCCCAAACAAUGUACUAACAAGUUCAAAAAAGCUCACUUGCCAUGUCCCCUCUAAUUAAUUGAUUUGUUGUGCCAAAGUAGAAGUAUGCAUAAUUUAUUCAUUUUGGAAUAACUCUCAAUAAAACUGUCUGUAACUCCCGUA